GCGUUGGAGAGUUGCCGCCCUGCCUCGGACGUCUGCUGGACGUCGAGAAGGGCAACCCUCAGCCGCCACUGCGUCUAGAGCUGCCAGUGUGAAGCUGCGUGUGAGUGUGAGAGACGGGGUGAGUGUGAGAGAGCGGGUGAGGGUGUGUGAGUGUGAGAGAGUCCGUGUGUGAGAGAGUUCGUGUGUGAGAGAGUGUGAGUGAGAGAUGUUGUGACUGUGAGAGAGCGGGUGAGGGUGUGUGAGUGUGAGAGAGUCCGUGUGUGAGAGAGUUCGUGUGUGAGAGAGUGUGUGAGUGUGAGUGAGAGAUGUUGUGACUGUGAGAGAGCGGGUGAGAGAGUGUGUGAGUGUGAGAGAGUCCGUGUGUGAGAGAGUCCGUGUGUGAGAGUGUGAGAGAGUGUGUGAGUGAGAGGUGUUGUGAGUGUGUGUGAGUAAGAGUGUGUGAGUGAGUGUGAGAGAGUGGGUGAGUGUGAGUGAGAGAGUGGGUGAGGGUGUGUGAGUGGGUGAGUGAGAGAGUGUGUGAGUGAAAUAGUUUGUGAGUGUGUGUGAGUAAGAGAGUUUGUGAGUGUGAGUGAGAGAGUGUGUGUGUGAGUGUGAGAGAGUGUGUGAGUGAGUGUGAGAGAGUGGGUGAGUGUGAGUGAGAGAGUGGGUGAGGGUGUGUGAGUGGGUGAGUGAGAGAGUGUGUGAGUGAAAGAGUUUGUGAGUGUGAGUGAGAGAGUGUGUGUGUGAGUGUGAGAGAGUGUGUGAGUGAGUGUGAGAGAGUGGGUGAGUGUGAGUGAGAGAGUGGGUGAGGGUGUGUGAGUGGGUGAGUGAGAGAGUGUGUGAGUGAAAGAGUUUGUGAGUGUGUGUGAGUAAGAGAGUUUGUGAGUGUGAGUGAGAGAGUGUGUGUGUGAGUGUGAGAGAGUGUGUGAGUGAGUGUGAGAGAGUGGGUGAGUGUGAGUGAGAGAGUGGGUGAGGGUGUGUGAAGUGGGUGAGUGAGAGAGUGUGUGAGUGAAAGAGUUUGUGAGUGUGUGUGAGUGAGAGAGUGUGUGUGUGUGUGACAGUGUGUGAGUGUGAUUGAGCGAGUGCGGCUACGUUCACAACACCACCAACACCCGCUUUCCGUUAACGUGACGAUUUAAUCAGAAAUCCUCACCACUUGUUCGGGAGGUUUUAAACUUCCACGUUGGACACUGCCGAGGACAGCCAGGCUCGACGUCGCCUCUCCGCGUCGGACGCGAGGCACGAGCAGAAUAACGCGGCCGAGUGACGGCCGGGACGCCCAGAGUGAGAAGGCGCUUGGCGGAACGUGCCCAGGAUGAGCACCGGGAGGUGACGGCGGUCGCGCCGGUGGAGGGAGAUCGGCUGUUUGUGCGGCGGCGCCGGCGGCGUGGGAUGGACGCCCCUAAUCGGCUCGAGCCGCAGGACGACGGGCGCGGCGACGGCGCCGAGCGCUUCAUCCUAGGCGCCGACGUGGGCACCACGACGCUGCGCUGCCACGUCUACGACGCGAACGCGAGGAUCAGGGGCAGCGCCAGCAGCGAGAUCAAGCUGCUGUACCCAUCGACGGGCGCCGUGGAGCUGGAUCCCGACGCGCUCUUCUGCCAGUUCGUGGACGUCACGCGGCGCGCCAUGGCAGAUGCUGGCGUGGAGGCAGCACAGGUGUUGGGCCUCGGCAUCUCCACACAGAGGGCGACGUUCACCACCUGGCACAGGCAGACGGGGAAACCGUUCCACAACUUCAUCAGCUGGCAGGACCUGCGCGCCUCCGAGCUGGUGGAGUCCUGGAACCACUCGUUCACGCUGCAGAGCGUGCACGGCCUCUUCAAGCUUCUCCACUCGGUGACGCGGCACAAGCGCUUAAAGGCGGCGAGCGUCAUCAACUUCAGCACUCAGCACGUCACCAUGCGCCUCAUGUGGGUGCUGCAGAACAUCCCGGCGGUGCAGGAAGCGUCGCAGGAAGGCAACUGCUGCCUCGGCACCAUCGACACGUGGCUGCUGUAUCGACUGACGGGAGGACAAGUCUACGCCACCGAUUACUCCAACGCCAGCUCCACGGGAAUCUUUGACCCUUACCAGAUGGCCUGGAGCACCUUCCUCAUGGGCCUUGUGUCUCUGCCUGGAAACAUUUUCCCGCCAGUGGAAGACACGAGCAAGCUGUACGGGCACACGGAGGAGGCGCUGUUCGGAGCGCCCAUCGCCGUCACGGCGCUGGUCGCGGACCAGCAGGCGGCCAUGUUUGGCGAGUGCUGCUUCGAGCCGGGCGACGUGAAGCUGACGAUGGGCACCGGCACGUUCGUGAACAUCAACACCGGGCAGAGGCCCCACGCCUCCGUGGCCGGGCUGUACCCCGUCGUGGGCUGGAAGAUCCGCGAGGAGCUCGUGUUCCUGGCCGAGGGGAACGCGGCCGACACGGGGACCUCCUUGAAAUGGGCGCAGGAGCUUGACCUCUUCCAGGACGUGAGCGAGAUCGCCGUGCUGGCGCAGAGCGUCCCGGAUUCGGGCGGCGUUUACUUCGUGCCGGCGUUCAGCGGCCUCCAGGCCCCGCUCAACGACCCCAACGCGUGCACCGCCUUGGUGGGGCUCAAGCCGUCCACGAGCCGAGCGCACAUCGUGCGUGCCAUCGUGGAGGCCCUGGUGUUCCGAAACAAGCAGCUGCAUAACACGAUGCUAGAGGAGACCAGGCUGCCCAUGAGACAGAUCAGGGCGGAUGGCGGCGUGUGCAAUAACGACUUCGUGCUGCAGCUGACGGCAGACUUGCUGGGCUGCUCCGUCGACCGCCCCCAACACACGGACAUGUCCAGCCUGGGAGCUGCCUUCCUCGCAGGCUUAGCCGUGGGCUUUUGGAACGACCCCUCCGAGCUGAAGGUCCUUCGCUGGACGGAGAAGCUGUUCGAGCCGAGGACGCCCAAACCGCAGCUGCUGUCGGACAUGAGGAGCUGGGAACGGGCGCUGAAGCUCACGCGCGGCUGGUACAGCAAAUCGUGACGGAGGGAGGUCCUCCGUUCCGCCGUGCGCGCGAGCGGCGUCACUGCUUGCGGCGAGGGUCUCCGUGCCACGCGGCAGGUCCAGGCUAAAGCGUAUUUGGGAUAUCUUUUCUGACGGUUGGCCAUUGUUCAGACUUUUCCUUGAAUGCGUGGAAGGGUGGGCUCCAUUGCCGUCGACCGGGGCUCUCUCUCGGAGGGGGGGCGGGGGGUGGAUGCUCUUCGUCACCGAUUGGCCUGCUACAAAGGUUUAUAUAUAUUAUAUAUUUUUUUCUUUUUACAAAGUGAAGAGGAUGAACAGUGAUCAUGAUCGGAAUGAAAAUCUUUGUGCUGGAAAAUACCGUAAACUGUUUUAGUUUAGUGCCAAAACGGUCACUUUGGGAAAUGAGGGCCCCUUGUUUUAAGGUUCUGUGCCAAAAUGUUAACUUUGGUGUCAACAGUUUGUCAUCUUCAGUCAAUGAUUUCCCUUCAGUAGGUGAGUAAAUGACGAUGCGUCCGCUUCAUCGAUGACACAUCUAUCGCCUACGCUCACGUUACGCACAUGGAACCGUACGUGCAAGGUUUAAUUAUGUACGACGUGUACGAAGAGUACGUGUGCGAAUUAUACGCUCGAGUGACACUCACGCCAGCGGCGUAUACGCGAACCGUGCAAACGACACGGUAAGCACGAGCAACGAUGACGAGGCUUCAGUAAAAAAAAAACGAGACGAGGCAAAUCGAUCCCUUCGAGACGCGACCCCCGCAGUCGCGACGAUUCCCCGUGUCGCAAGGGUGUCGGAUCGGUGCGCGUGUAUACUGUUGAACAAGGCAUCUGUGUUUCUGUGGCCUGGAACCACACACGAACCAAUCCAGUUGAUGCUGCUAGAGUGGGAGGAAGAAAAAACAACUCCAGGUAGCUGUGGUUUCUCUGGGUCGCAAAAAACGUUUCAAGGUUUCGGACCUCUCAGUCUUCAAGAGCAGAGUUCAGUUUAUACAAAUGGUGAAAUAGGCGAUGGCAAACUGCGGUGACAGUUACACACAGCGUGCGAGUCCAACCUGUCUCCAUUGGGAGAAACGAAGCACUUUGCUUGAUCUCCUGUGAUUUAUUGCGCCUUCAUGUGUACAUGUACUUGAGCGUGUGUAAUUAUCCUACCUCUCCCCUAUCAUCGCACUCUACUCCCCUCCACGCACUCUCCCACAUCUCAUCGCACUCUACUCCCCUCCACCCGCUCUCCUACCUCUCCUCUCUCAUCUCACUCUACUCCCCUCCACGCACUCUCCUACCUCUCCCCUCUCAUCUCACUCUACUCCCCUCCAUGCACUCUCCUACCUCUCCCCUCUCAUCUCACUCUACUCCCCUCCACGCACUCUCCUACCUCUCCCCUCUCAUCUCACUCUACUCCCCUCCACGCACUCUCCUACCUCUCCCCUCUCAUCUCAUUCUACUCCCCUCCACACACUCUCCUAUUUCUCCCCUCUCAUCUCACUCGUCUCCCCUUCACCCGCUCCCCUACCUCUCCCCUCUCAUCUCACUCUACUCCCCUCCACUCACUCUCCAACAUCUCAUCUCACUCUACUCCCCUGCUGGCACUAAUUUGCUCCAACAGCCAAGGUUUUCUAUCAAAGGGCCCAGUAGCACAUUCUUCUUUGUGUUCCCCAUACAGCCUGGAACCCCCUUCCCCUAUCAAUCCGGGCUGUCGAUUCCCUCGUUUCUGUACAGUGUCUUGAGAUGCGGUCACAUUUGGACGCCAUAUCAAUUGUAUUGUGCAACUGUAUUGUGUCAUUGUACAGUAUUGUGUAAAUGUAUCGUCCCAAAUGAAGUGCUGCUUUCUUUCCGGAUGUCGGCCCACAGUUGGUGCAAUCGCCAGCGUUUUGUGGCCUUGAUUUGAUGUUUUGUUCAGCUGAGAAUAUAAACCUCCUCCCUGGGUUGGGGGGUUCGUUCGUUUUGACGCGUGUCCAGGAGAACACACGCUGAGAAUUAUCCACGACUGCAAAUGUAAUGGCCCCUUUUAUUUCUGGCUCCGUUUAAAAUUUGAGCUGCGGGUGAAUUCUUGAAUUUGCUGACAAUAUUACACACGGGCCUUAAAAACAGUCAACGCUAGCACCGGGCAACGUCUUGCACAGUGGGAAUGGUGUAACACGCUGCAUGUGGUGCGUCGAUGAUGAUGAUGACGGUGGCUCUCGCGACCUCGUUCCACUGCCAUGCACCGCCGCUGCUGCCCAGUCCGCCUCCCCGCUGAGCGUGAAGAGUCUGUGACGCGUCGGGCCUGCGAGUCGGUCAGCAACGAAAAAGGUUGCUAUGGGGAGGUUAUUGCCGAACUGCUCGAGGUUUGAGCAGGCGAUGGUAACAUUGAUCCCCAAAGGUUUAUUUUUUCUGUGAAGUAUUACAUUCAAGUUACAAACUGAUCAUGCUGCUGCUGCUGCACACUUUGGUACCUACCGUACAUCAUUUCAUGAAAAUGCUGAAUGGCGAGAUAGUAUAUAUUUAAGAACAAAUAACCUUGAAGUGUACCCCAUCUCGUAAAGUAAUCAGGGUUGAGUGUGGAUCAUUGCACUGUACGAUGUUAUAUGUUCCCACGUCCAUGCUUCGUGCCUUCACCACCUCGGCCGGUUGGUGACGGAGGCUCAAAUUACCCACACUGCAUCGGGAGGCCCUCAUCCAGCAGUGGAUUGACAAAAUGGUCAAAAACUAAGUCUGUACUUUUACAAAUAUUUAUACGAAUAAAUUAGCACGGUGAUGUUUUGAUUUGAAGCUUUCGUGACUGCAGGAAUCCAUAAUCUUUGGUUCUUUCGGUAAAGUCACGUAAUUCUAACUAAUACGGUGAUGUUUAAUAAAAAAUAAUGACAUUUAUAACGCUCCAGAUUUUGCACACAAGUCAACAACUCGAGGCUCGGAGCCAAGCUCAGGGCUGCUCUGAAGCCAGACCCAGACAGACAGAGGCCUUCACAUGUUUCUUAAAAGUCAGAGUGCAUUUGAUGUUGCGGAUGUGCAAAGGGAUUGGAGAGUUCCACACCGAGGGGGCGACAGCAGAGACGACGCAUUUAGCAUUUCCAAAGGAAUUGACAUUACGAGGAUCGGACAAAAUCCAAAUACAACAAGGAACUGAGAGGAGAAUUCUGGGAUUUUUCUUUCGCUGUUUUCUGGCCGGCCGAGUUGCCCUUACAAAAGAAAAAAAGUCGUCUGGCUCGGGAGGGCUUUGCUCGGGAAUUAUAAUUCUGAACGCGGCGGAACCAGAGGGAUCCGUCACAGGGUUUGCGCAGCACGGGAGGGUGUAGGGGAAACACCCUCGUGCAUGAAUAAACCUUGCAGAUAAAUGUGCCCGUGACAAAACGUGUAGAUGUUUACUUGCAGUAGUUUACAGUAAUCAACGUAAAAAUAAUCGCACUAAUUUCUUCAGGAAAGCCUCAAUGAGUAUUAGGACCUGUUAGGAGGGUAAGGCUACAUUGGGCUGUUUGGCCAAUGCAGUCCUGACGAUUAAUUUCGCAAGCUGGAGACCCCACGCAUUCUAAGCGGAUAACCGGUGAAGGUUUGAGAUUGAUUCAAGAAUCCGUUUUCAUUCAAGCCGGGGCUGAAGUACCUUCCCGAAGGCGGAACAGGACUUUGAACUACCUCUGUGGGGCAACGGCACUUUAACACGCGCGCACCUCGGCCUCUGCUGUCACUGCUUGCUGCCAGUGGUGCCGUGAAGUCAACAAUAGUCUCUCCCAGUGUCCCCAUGGGUGCGGGUAAGAUGCUUGCGAGUGAUGGAUAAAUAUAGUUUGGCAGCUGUCUCGAGACCACAGGCGGCAGGUUACCCUGACCUGUGCGGUGCUGCUAAAGCCUCUCUUAUCUCGCUGCCUGGCAGGGUUGAGUGAUUCACUUGCACCACCAACCCUUUGAUUUGAAGUGUUCGAACACAGGCAAGAUACGCCCCCCCUCUCCCGUUUUAAUCUACGACAAUACUAUUGGGGAAAGUGCUGUUCGCGAGCACCUAUGAAGGCCGACACGACACACGAGGUGGUGGGUGGCCUUCACCACACCGCGCCGUCUUUGUCUCUCGAGUGGCGAUGUUUACACAUCGCACCAGGUACUCAUUUGAGGCCGAGUCGACCCAGGGGAGGGCCCAGGACCACUUCAGAUCAUCGUCAGUGGUGUUGGUGGCCGUGAGCGAGAAUCCAACUCGGGUCGCUUCCCACCGGGCCUUGCUCCUCUCUCUACAGUCACGAGUGAUUUCGAGACAGGCAGGAGGCAGGACAGAGAGGAAAAGUUGAGGACUUUCAUUCUAAACUUGCUGCCACGGUUGUCCUUAAACACGAAUCUUGGCAUCCAUUCAGAGUGGACUUUGUCAACUUGCGUUCGGUUUGAGCUGCAGUCCUCAUUGGAGUCCGUCGGUCAUUUGAAUCUUAUGGUAGGACCCCGGGGUCCCGAAUAAAUUGAAGUCAAAAUCGUAAUUAUUACAUUUUAUUUUUGGCGACUCCGUCCCACCGCGUACACAAACGCCGCGACCCGCCUGGCGCAGAUCGUUCUGUUGUCGUCCAAGCGCAGCGGCGAGGACGAAUUCGCAGAAGAGACAAAACUCUUAAACUUUGAUUAGCGCGUCGUGUAGAGCUCGUCGAGAGGAAUAGAUUGCCGUGUCGUUCGCCUUCAACAGACGUACAAUGACGUCGCAACGCAGUUUAUGCCAGAGCCUUGGGGGGGGAGGGGGGCUGAUGGGACCCCGGGUGUCCUGCCAUGAGGUUCAAUUCUCUCCCGUGUCGCGGUGCGCGUGGUGUUGGUUUGAGCACUAAUUUAGAUGAGUAAAGCUUGAAACGUGUCGUGAAAUACAAUGUGCAGCUGUGGAAAGACUUAAGUGCAUUUGUUGCCGCGAGGUUAUCUGUAUUUUCAAGAAUAAUAAUUACAAACUCGACUACUCUUUGUUAAAAUUGUGAGUUCUCUAUCGGUGCUUGUGUGAUUAAAUGACCAGUUGUAAAGUGUUA